AUGUCUCAAAUCCCAGUCAACGCCGAACCGAAGGGGAACGCCAACAUAAAUUCCAGCGUGACCUCUCGUGAUACAUUCCAAGACGUCACUAUGGAACCAAACAUGGCGGCCCCGGCUGUCUCAAGAGACACAGAGCUGAACGACUUCCUCUUCAUGCAGCUCGCGGUUGCACUCCCGUCUCUAUCCAAAUCCAUAAUCUCGGCCAAACAAGCCUCGGAAAGUGUCAUGCGCGAGAUGAAGCGCAUCUGGGAUGCAGACCAAUGGAAAACGAUCGCCUCCAAGCGCACCGGUAGCAGUAAUUGUGCUAGCAUAGGUCCUACUCCACAGAUCCUUCGAACUUGCAAGGCUAUUCACCGAGAGGCAACACCGAUCUUGUACAGCGGAAACGUUUUCCAAUUCUACCUCAGACGAGGAGACGCGAAAUCGCACCCUGGUUACAAAGGUUGGAAUGAGACCCCUACCGAUGCUCUGAACAGUAUAAUUUUCGCUAUCUUUCUACGACAAAUCGGGCAACAGAAUGCAGCAAGCUUGAAAAGGCUAAAGUUCUUCGUACCGGAGGUCUACGCGCGCACACACACUCAACUAGCAGGGUGCGCGAUCCAAGUGUUCACACAACUGCUCAAGUGUCAUGUUCCAGGCGUUCGUCAGGUCAAGAUUUGCCGUGGUCUUGUUGACCAGGAUCAAUAUGAAAAAGAACCCGCAAAAUUGGUUGAUGAUGGCUUGGAAGGUUUUGGGGAAAAUGACUCUGAUCACACCACCAAAUCUCAGGCUCAGAUGUUCGCUCCCAAGCAAACCGAGAUGGUUUCAAAUGAUGCAGACUUCGACGAUCAAGGCACGGAUGGGCACUAUCAUCCCCCUUCUGCUGUUCGCCGAGAGGAGCAGGAAGCGAUGUACAAAGCCACAGCAGAUAUGGUUCAAGAGAUUACCUGGCUGGAUCAAUUGAGCUUUGCUGGUUUCGAUCAGGAUGUUCCGGCAUUUGAGAAAAUGAAGCAACUGGAGGCACUUGUCAAGGUUAGGCGUUAG